AUGGGUGGCGACGGCGACGCGCUCGACAAUGACAAGAUCAUGGUCUGCGACGGGUGCUGCUGCUGCUACGACGGCCUGCUCUUCGGGGAUGGUUGCAUUGGGUGCAUGGCAAGCGAGACCAUGUGCUGCCUGGAGGUCGAGUACUGCUGCAAGUCAGGACAGGAGAGUCUCUGCUGCAUCUGCUGCGCGAUGCGCUGCGUCUCGCCCACAGUGUGCAUCAAGUCGCAGGGCCAGAUGUGCUGCCUUGCUGGGGCGGCCGCCAUCCCGUGCGACGAGGAGGUUCCCUGCCUGGUCGGCUCGUGCGGCAUCAUCUGCUACCCAACGAUGGCCAUCUGCAAGACGCUGGGCGACAUCAAGGGUGGGGGUGACGGGGGUGGACCCGACGCUGAGCAGGUGGGCUGA